GUUAUCUUUAGCCCAAACUUUAGCUCUCGUUACGGAAAAUACGCUCCUUAUUUCCUAGCAAUUUAACCAGUAGGGACACCAAAACGUUACAUUUACUCGGAAACUACUUAGUUUCGAGCUAUGUUAGCCAUAUGAAUAGCCAUCUAGCGUGUUAGACAAAUUAGCAUAGUCAAACGCACGUCAGCUAAUCUAGCCCGGUAGCUAGCUGUUAAACAAGCCAGUUUACGUUAACCCAAAUAAAUAAAGUAGCUAACAGCAGCUAUCCAGCUAGACCUCGGUAACUGUUGAUGCAGUUGUCCUUGCUAGCUCACAUUGCCGAUUCUUAAUUGAUGGAGUGCCCUCAUCUAAACUCAAACCUCAGCUCUCCAUUCGAUUCCUCCAGGUUCCCAAAUGGUGCUCCAUCCUCAUGGUGCUGCAGCGUUUGCAGAUCUAACAAAAGCCCAUGGUUUUGCCUUUCUUGUCUGAUUGUUCAUUGUGGAAGAUAUGUUAAUGGGCAUGCAAAGAAACACUUUGAGGAGAGCCAAGAUUUCAGUACUGAGAAAAAAUGUGAGAAGCUGGAGAAGGAGAAAGCUCAUCAUUCUGUCUGCAUGGACUGCUGCAACUACAGUGUAUUUUGUUACAGAUGUGAUGACUUUGUUGUCAAUGACACCAAACUUGGACAGGUGCAGAGGUUGAGGGAGCAUCUUCAAAGUCUGGAAAACCCAUCAUCAGUUGGUGACAAACAAAGAAAAAGGAAAAUUUUAGACAACACACCUUCAGACAGCAAGGUGUUAAAAGAGGAGGGUGGAGCCUCAACUCUAUGUGCCACAGGCCUCCGCAACCUAGGCAAUACGUGUUUCAUGAAUGCCAUACUGCAGUCCCUCAGCAACAUUGAGCAGUUCAGCUGUUAUUUCAAGGAUUUGCCAGCGAUGGCGCUACGCAGUGGUAAGACUGCAGGAAGAAGGAUGUACCAUACCCGCAGCCAAGGGGACAGCAGUGUGUCUUUAGUGGAGGAGUUCAGGAAAACACUCUGCUCCCUGUGGCAAGGGAGUCAGACGGCCUUCAGUCCGGACUCGUUAUUCUAUGCCAUAUGGAAAAUCAUGCCAAGUUUCAGGGGUUAUCAGCAGCAAGAUGCCCAUGAGUUCAUGCGUUACCUGCUGGACCACCUCCACAGGGAACUUCAGGCAGGUCGCAAUGGGGCUGCUCACCCAGUCUCACCUCAGGACUGUGUCAUACUGCCCUCCUCAGCAGGCAAAUGCAGCAUAAAUGGGACCUCCACCGUUGUCACAUCUGUAUUUGGUGGUAUCCUUCAGAAUGAAGUCAAUUGCCUGAUAUGUGGGAAUGAAUCUCGGAAGUUUGACCCCUUUCUUGAUCUGUCUUUAGACAUUCCCAGCCAGUUCAGACACAAGAGAAGUAAAGAUCAGGAACCAGGGCCCACUUGCACUUUACGUGACUGCUUGCAUAGCUUCACAGACCUGGAAGAGCUUGAUGAAACUGAGCUCUACUUGUGUCACAUGUGUAAAAAGCGUCAGAAAUCCACCAAGAAGUUCUGGAUCCAGAAGCUGCCAAAGGUUUUGUGUCUGCACCUGAAAAGGUUCCACUGGACAGCUUUUCUGAGAAACAAGGUGGAUACCUAUGUAGAGUUUCCACUUCGAGGACUGGAUAUGAGGAGCUACCUGCUGGAGCCAGAGAAUUACUUACCAGAGAGUUGCCUGUAUGACCUGGCUGCUGUGGUGGUGCAUCAUGGAUCUGGGAUUGGAUCGGGACACUACACGGCAUAUGGCAGUCACCAGGGCCACUGGUACCACUUCAAUGACAGCACAGUGACUCUGACAGACGAGCACACAGUGAGGAAGGCCAAGGCCUACAUCCUCUUUUAUGUGGGGAGUCCAGACAAGGAAGCUUCAGACAGAGGUGCUCAGAACAAAGCAGUCCUGGACAGGGUUGGCCAGGACAAGGUUACAGUGGAUUUGGUAAAUACAGACAGGGUUGGGCCACACAUGGCAGCCUUACACAGGGUUACCCUGGACAUGGGAGUAACAGAUAAGGCUGCAAUGGAGAUGGUGGCCAAAGACCAGGUGGUGUUUGACACAGCUGCUUUGGAGAAGAUGGCCCUAGAAAAACUGGCAACAGAUGGCUUUGAUGAUGGUGCCUUGGAGAGGGCUGUCACUGAGAAUGGCAGCCAGACUCAACAACCUGCAAUGCAAUGAUGCCUUUAGACUGUAACAACCUCAGACCGGUUUUUCACUCCAUUUCUGCCUCACCUGAAUGACAUGUCUCAGUGUGUUUGCGUGUAAUCAAUUCCUUUUACUUAAAUUAGCGUGAAUGACUGUCUCUUGUCCACUUGUCCUUUAUUUUGUGUGAAUGACAAUGUUUGGUGACACAUUCCUCAGUCGAGGCAGACUACUGCUUAUGGGAUAGAUUCCAGAGCUGGUUGUUAUAAUAAAAAGCGCUUUAGCUAUGGCAAUCUUAGUUAAGUCCGGCAUUGAGGCUAUAGGCUGAAAGUGAGACUGAAAUUUUAAAGGGUCCCUCAUCACAUAAUCUUUAAUCAUAAUCAACACAAAGAUUUCCCCCUCAAAAUGUGUAAAAACAUUUUUGAAUUAUUGAGGCUUAUUUUUGACAUUGCUGAUACUUUGCUAUUUCCAUUCAGCUUUUCAACUUCAA